GAGUGCUGCUGGGUGCGCCAUUUUUGCUGGUUGACAUGGGGAGCGGAGUUGGACAAGCCGUUUUUUAAUAACCACGCCAGACUCCGGACAUGAAGCUAUUCAAGGAUAACAAGUAAACCAGAUCGGUAGGCAACCAUUUGUUUGCUUGAGUGCAACGUGUUACAUUUUGCCCACUUGCUUGCCAUUUUCCCGUUGAGAGGUUGUCGGUCAAACUCGAGUCCGAUGGAUCCCAGGACCGCUUGGAUCCAGCCGGAGCAGAAGGGACCUGCCAAUUCACUAUGGAUGCACAUUUGGGAAACGUCUCAGGGAUUUGCUACAAAUUCCGGCACUGACGACCGCAUUCAGUACCAAGGCGACAACGUAACGUUCAACGCAAUCUCAACAGCCUCCAGCGGUGAUUAUUGUAAAAGUGUGGCUGCUCCGACACCGUCGCCGCCGCUCGGUGUCGUGAUCGGGAAACUGUCGAAGCGAGAAAGCGGUGAAGAGAGGGGGAGCGCCCGGAGGAAGGGCUCCUUGUCCCCGUCUUCCUCGUCUCUGGACUCGGAGGCCGAGAGCUCUUCUCCCUCCGGAUCCUCUCUCCAAAUAGACAAUUUAAACGUCGCGGAAGAGGCGAGCAGGUUUUUACAGUACGGUGACCACAAGCAGGACGAGAACGACGCGAGGCGGCAGCAACACCCACCGCCUCCUCCUCUCCCUCCGCCGCCUCCUCCUCCUAAUCCUCCUCCUCCGUCGCUCCACGCUGCUACUCAACAUUGUCGCAGCAGGCAACAAUCUGGCGGCCACACCCCCGCCAGGAUGAAGAACCCACACGGGAACAAGCAGCGCCUUUACUAUCAGACGUCGGGCCGGAGGAGGUAUCUGAACCGAGCCAACUCGUUUCACGGCAUCAACCCGCUGCUGACCCACGGCAGCGGUGGACAACGCGCAGACUCCUCCUGCAGCCUCUGGAAGACGAGGCGCUACAGUCCCGGGGUCAAUGGUCUCCAUGAAGAGAUAGUUGACUUCUUCAACUUCAUGUCACCACGUCCAGAGGAGGAAGCCAUGAGAAGAGAUGUUGUGAACAGGAUCGAGAGCGUCAUAAAGGAACUUUGGCCCACAGCACAGGUGGAGAUAUUUGGCAGCUUUAGCACAGGUCUCUAUCUACCAACCAGUGACAUUGACCUGGUGGUGUUUGGAAAGUGGGACCACCCUCCACUGCAGGAACUAGAGCAAGCACUGAAGAGACACAAUGUCUCAGGGCCAUAUCCUAUUAAAGUUCUCGACAAAGCUUCUGUGCCCAUCAUCAAGCUCACAGACCACAAAACCGAGGUCAAAGUUGAUAUCAGCUUUAAUGUAGAGACUGCUGUCAAAGCAGCACACUUCAUUAAGAGCUACUUAAAGAAAUACACUGUUCUGCCACCCUUGAUCUUCGUACUGAAGCAGUUCCUACUCCAGAGGGAUCUCAAUGAAGUUUUUACAGGAGGCAUCAGCUCUUACAGUCUCAUACUGAUGGCUAUCAGUUUCUUGCAGCUGCACCCUCGCAUUGACACGCGGCGUGCCAACAUCAACCUGGGCAUUCUGCUGAUUGAAUUUUUCGAGCUGUACGGGCGCGACUUCAAUUAUAUGAAGAUGGGCAUCCGGGUCAACGGGGGGGCCUACUUAUCCAAAGAGGAGAUGCUCAAAGCUAUGGGGAAUGGCAACAGGAGUUCUAUGCUCUGCAUAGAGGAUCCAGUACAGCCAGGCAAUGAUGUGGGCCGAAGCUCGUAUGGAAUCUUGCAAGUCAAGCAAGUGUUUGACUUUGCUUACAUGGUCCUGAGUCAUGGUGUGUCUGCCCUUGCUCGGGCAUACCCCAACAAAGAGUAUGAAAGUACUUUAGGUCGGAUUAUCAAAGUUUGCCCGGAGGUUCUGGCCUACAGGGACUGGACUAUUAAAACAUGGGGAGCUAAGCAAUAUGCCAACCAGCAGAACCAUGAUGUAGAGACUUGUGAGCAGGACCUUGCCAGAUUGAUGCUGGUUUCUGUGGAAGAUCAGCGAGACGCGACCUCCCCCCUCAGUGCUGAUUCCUCCUCGUCCUCUCCAGUCUUCCUCAACAGCCCUCAGCACCAUUCUUCGUCCUCCUCCCCCAGCUCAAGUUCUUCCUCCUCCUCCUCCUCCUCUGGGAGUGACAUUGAGUCUGAUCCCCCUCAAAGCACUAAUGGAGUCCUUCCCCAGUCCCUCAACUUGGCUCAAGUCCAUUUUAUAAUGCAAAUGGCUGCACAUCCAGCAGGCUUUAUCCACACCCCACCACAGUUCUACCAUGAGAAUCUACCAUCAGUCGGCAUGGUGCAGCGACAAAUGGCACAAACUGCAGUCUCCCAGCACUCCAACUCUACAAGCCCUCUACCCAGCCCCCUCCACCAACUCCACCACCCCCAGUUGGGAGGGCAGCACCAGCAUGCCUUCACCAUUCGCCCAGACUCCCAGGGCUCAUUUGAGCCACAGAAAUUUGGCUUCAAGCACAACCAAAGCAGUAACCUCCGUGGUCAAAACCACUCCCAAGGUAGUUUCAGUCCCCAGCGGCGCUUUGUUCCUCAGGGCCACAAUACGGAACCAGGUUUGAGGAGCCAGCAGCAGUAUAACUGCAACACCUGGCGACGCAGGAAAAGGGAAAAUCUCCUAGCGCUGAAUCAGAGCAGAUGAAGCAUUCAAGAGCACUGAUAUGAUCUACUACUUUUAAAGACCUUGCUCGGGUCAUCACAAACUGUUGCAUAGUAAGCUAGUUUUUAUGCAACUUUCACUGGGCGUCAAUUCAGAUUGUUUCAACUGACCGCUACUCCAUUUCUGCUUCUGUUCUGCCAGCACGAAGCAAUUCCUUACCUGUGGCAGGUGAAGGACUGUGGUCUUAACUGUACUUGUAGAGCCUCAAAGGUUUUCCCUUUAGAAACACUCCCUCCACAUUGGAAGCACACCAGCACCAGAGUUGAGUUGACAGCCCAGACAUGGUCCUCACCACUGUCACUUUCAUUAAGCCUGUCAGAAAGCCAAGUCCAUGUGCCAUAGUAGUGAACGGGUUCAUCUAGCCUUACCCUUGGUCCCUGUCAGUUUUAAAUAUUGAGCCUUUUAGAUGAGUUCUCCCCCUUAACUAAUUUCUUACUCUGAAUUCAUCAUUCCUAUUGCAACGCUCUUACAGCUUGAACGCCCGAUCUUUCGAGUGAAGCGACGCACUACCUUUCUAGCUAUGCAGCACAACGCUGACUCGAUGUUUUUCGGUGUGAUGGCACAAAAACGGAUCUUCUGAAGUGCUUGAACUGUGAUGACUUGUUUGAAUGUACUGAGUCGUGUUUGUGUGUUGAAAGUUCGCUCGUGUUUGUCACGGAGGGAUUUUUUGUUGUUCACAUUGUCACUUUAAUUUUGUUGCAUUCAUGUGCAAUAGUAGGUUGCUUUUAUUUAAUUUAUUUCACAAUUUUAGUUUUUCCUUUUAGUGUUUUUCCCCCGACCAAACAAUUUAUUUUAUUUUCUCCCCCUCCCCCUUUUGUCAAAUCUCAUUGACCUGUGCAAUAUCUGGAAUUUUAAGGGCCUUGAUUGAAUGUGUUCUGCUUUCCAACUCAACUUCAACACUGCUGUAGUGGUAUGAGAAUUGGGCCAAAAAAUCUCAUGGCAUUUACUGUUUAAUCUACAUCACAUUACAAUCAAUUAGAAUGAACACAUUUGUCUAUCCCCUGCCCCUAUCCAGUAGUAGUUUUGUUUGUUUUAUUUGGGUGUCUUUCCAUGAAGCGGGGUAAUGUGGAAAGAUGAUUUUCUUUUUUUUUACCAUUUGUUUCCUUUCGUCGUUUCAAAACUAUUUGGUGCUACUUCUGACCAGCAAAGUGCUUUUGUUCUGCCUUUAUCUGCUUUAAUUCUUUAAAAGCAAAAGGCCCACUGCCUUCUUGGAAGACCAAAUUCCCCAAUACAUAGCUGAAACUCUCGUUUAAUGUUUCCCGCUAGAUUUAGUACCGCAUCCAUUGUCACAGAAUUGAGAAUCAUUACAAAUUGUAAGAGGCCCAUUAACUUUGAUCUGCAUGUUUUAAGUCCAAACCUAAACCUGUAAAAAGUCUUUAUGAUGGCGAGGGAAUGAGGUAUGGCUUGUUCAGUGUUGCAGGAGUUUAGUGGCGCCUUUGACAAAACAAUGUUUUGCCAAGUUGUUUUGGCAUCCCGAGUACCAAACUGAUGCGAUUAGCAUAGUACUGGAAACAUUUUUGGGGCAGCUUUUGUUAAGAUAUCCCAAGAUGAUCUGUGAGUGAUUCCAUCUUUAUACACCAAACCAAUCCCACCUUGUAUCUGUGUAAUUAAGGAUGUGUAAAUGACUGACUUAUAGCUGUAUCCUUUUUUCCCAAGUCUUAAGUUUUUCUAUUUUUUUAAUAAACUUUUUAAAUGCCA